AUGGUCAUGGCUGCUGCUUCUUCAUCAUCAAGUAAUGUUUACUUACCAGAUGAAUGUUGGGAAUGUAUCUUCAAAUUCCUUAUCAACCACGACACCGAACGCGCUCACCGUCGCUACUUUCAUCUGAAACCUCUUUCCAUCGUAUCCAAACAGUUACUUUCCAUCACAAACCGUUUUCUAUCAUCUCUCACUAUCUAUAAUCCAACAUGCCAAUUCUUCCAUACUCUCUUCCGUAGAUUCUCCAACAUCACCUCCCUCAACCUAUCCUCCUACGACGGUGAUCUCGACUAUCCUCUCGUCCAAAUCUCUCGUUUUCCAUUGAAAAUCACAUCCCUCGAUAUCUCAAACCAUUCCGGGAUUCCAGCAAAGGGACUGCGAGCUUUCUCCAAAAACAUUACAACUUUGACAUCUCUCGUUUGUUCCAACAUUGCUAAUAUCUAUGAUAGGGACAUGUUAUUCAUUGAAGACGGCUUCCCUUUGCUCGAAGAACUUGACAUCAGUAUUACACGGUUUAAAUUAUUUCGAACGCCUUUUUCAUUGGCACUUUCUAAACUCCGCAAAGUUAACCUGUAUGAUAAUUACUAUAUGUCCAAUGAAAUACUUUUCCACUUGUUCAAGAAUUGUAAGCUUCUCGAAGAGGUUAAUAUCGUUAAAUGUUGGGGCAUAACACUGUCUGGCAUUGCAGCUGCUCUCCGCGAGAGGCCAACAUUGACGUGUAUAAACAUUAGUUAUUGUAAAAGACUCACAGAAUCAUCCUUGUUUAAACUCGUUAGUAACUGUCCUUCACUUACUGAGAUCAAAAUGGAAUGGACAUCUUUUGGAAAAGAGAGUGCAACGAAUUCUAAUUCUUCUAUGGAUUGUAUUGUAAACUCUCAAGUAAAGUCUCUCUAUUUGGCUUAUUGUGCGAGGUUAAGAGAUGAAACCAUCAUAAGGUUUUCUUCCCUUUUCUCCAAUUUGCAGCUCCUUGAUAUGAAUUCUUGCCAAUUUAUAUCUGAUGAAGGUAUUGAUCAAGUUUUAAGUAGAUUUCUUACUGUUAGACAUUUGAACUUAGCCAAUUGUUCAAGAGCGAAGCUACUUGUUGGAACGAGCUUUGAACUUCCUAACUUGGAGGUGUUGAAUUUAUCAUAUACAACCGUUGACGAUAAAACACUCUAUGCAAUCUCAAAGGGUUGUCGUGGGCUUUUGCAAUUGUACCUUGAAAAUUGUGGUUAUGUCACAUGGAAAGGGGUGAAAUAUGUGUUUGAAAACUGCACGCAACUUAGAGAGAUCAAUUUGCGGAAUUGUUAUAAUGUGCGUGGUAAUAUUUGCUCAAUGUUAUCGUCAAGCCAGUCUUUAAGGAAGUUAAUUGCUCCUCCUCAUUUUCGUCUCACUAGAAGAACUGUGAAACUCCUUUCGCAUUAUGGAUGCCGUGUUUGCUAGCAUUCUUAAAACUAAUACAUUGUGCUGCAGGAGAAGCAAACAUCAAUUUCUAGACUGGUUGAAAUUGAAAAUCUGAAAGGAAGAAGGAACAACUUUUAGUUUCUUUUUCUUGUGGACAGAAUACCAAGGAGAGUACUUGUUGUCGUUUUUCUCGUUUUAUGAAUGUUUAGUUUUGUUUUUAAUCUUUUCAAGCUUACAUCUUUAAAUAAAUUGAUUCCUGGAUACUCCAGACAAUAUCAUGGUUGAAUCCAACCAAUGUAAGCUUCAUAGCUGAAAUUACUUUUCCUGAAUAUUUAGGGGAGUGAUAUGUAUGCCAUUAGGCGUUAUUGCUCGGACAAGUUCUUUAGUUGAUGCUUUCUUAUGAACAGACUUUGUAUGUCUUAAGGCCUUUUAUUUCCAAAUUGUAUUUAACAGUAGCUAAGUGUUAUCAUAUUUUUCUUCUA